ACGAUUCCGUUAAUAUCGGGAUCAUUAAACUGCACGACAAAAACUUCAAUCUUCUUCCUCUUCAUCUGCCAACUAAUAAUAAUCCCGACAAAGUUCUUUCCUUUAUUUCAUCUGGUUUCUUGGAUGCUCUCUGGAGGCUCUCAGCAUCUUCGUUUCGUUUAGAGGAUGCGUUAGAAGAGAGUCUCCUCUGAAUCUUUUGGAAACAAAAGGAUCUUCGAAUCUACAAGACUCUCAUUGACUGACUGACUGGCCAUGGCUGAUGAUACCACAGCUUUAAGUUACUGGUUGAAUUGGAGGGUUCUCCUCUGUGCUUUAAUCCUCUUAGCUCCACUAGUUUUAGCUGCAAUUCUGAUUUGGAGAUAUGAAGGCAAGAGAAGACAACGCGAGGACCAGCGAGAAUUACCCGGGACAUUGUUCCAAGAAGCAGCUUGGACCACAUGUUUUAAGAGAAUCCAUCCUCUUUUUUUGCUUGCCUUAAGAGUAUUCUCAUUUGUUGCAAUGUUGUCUAUACUCAUCUCCAGUGUUGUGCGUGAUGGAGGUGGCAUAUUUUACUUCUAUACUCAGUGGACAUUUGCUCUUGUCACACUCUACUUUGGGUAUGCUUCCUUAUUAUCUGUCUAUGGAUGCUGCGUCUACCAUAAAAAAGCUGGUGGAAACAUGGAGAGUUAUACAAGUAUAGGUGAUGCAGAACAAGGCACUUAUAGACCACCACUCACCCUUGAUGAGAGGGCAGACACUUCAAAAUCCCCCCAUACACAGUCAGAAGCAACCGUCAGAGAAACAGCUGGGUUUUGGGUUUACAUCUUUCAGAUCCUUUUCCAAACUUGUGCAGGUGCUGUUAUACUAACAGAUAUUGUGUUUUGGGCGAUAAUCUACCCGUUUACUGAAGGUUAUAGGCUGAGUUUUCUCGAUGUUUGUAUGCAUUCUCUCAACGCUGUUUUUCUCCUCGGUGAUGCAAGUCUCAAUUCCUUGCGGUUCCCACUGUUCAGGAUCUCUUACUUUGUACUUUGGAGCUGCAUUUACGUAGCUUACCAGUGGAUAAUCCAUGCCUUCAAGAACUUAUGGUGGCCAUACCAAUUUCUUAAUCUGUCUUCACCAUACGCACCCUUAUGGUACUUGGGAGUGGCAGUGAUGCAUAUACCAUGCUUUGCAGUCUUUGCUUUGAUCAUAAAGCUGAAGAAUUACUUGCUACAGCGUCACAACUCGUGAAAAGUUUUGGCUGCCAUGAAUUCAAUUUACAUCUUUCAUCUGUUGAGAUCUUUGCUCACGAGAAAGAGAAUAAAACACAUAUGGGGGAAUCAACAAAGAUCAUGGUCAAAGUCAACUAGAAAGUCAAACCCUCUGUGUAGAUAAGAGGCGUAGCCAGAAGAAAGAAAAGUGUAAAUUCCAAGGGAUCUCAAAAAUUAUCCAACACUCAGAAACGUUUAUUUGUAGGUCUUCUUGUUAAGUUGUUUAAUGAUUAAACAAGUCUCUUUAAUACAUACAAUUGUUGUAAAGAUGUGACAAACAAUUAUGAGAAAAUAUAAAAUCAUUUUAGUUAUUA